AUGAAUCCAAUUAUCAAUAUUUUCAGCUACUUCUGCCUUUGUGAGAUUCAGAGCCAGUUGCAACAAAUGAUGCCUGCUUCUGUGAGGUCUCAAUAUAAACACCUGAAUCAAGUCAAGGCAAUUUACUCAUAUGACUUCUCUAAACACCAGGAGAAAUUAAGGGCCAAGCUGUUCCCACUACUAGGAACAGGACUGCCCUUUGUGCACGCUAAGAAGAAAUCCAAUGUCUGUAAAACUAGAAGAGUCAGAGUGAACAAGAACUCUGCAAACUAUCAGACAGUGAUGGUGGUAGGAGGCAAGAAGACCUAUGUGGGCAGCUUCCCUCUCGAAGUCGAUGCGGCGAUCACCUUCGACUUCUACUCGAUGAUGCUGCACAACAACAAGGCUCCGACAAACUUUUCAUGGAGAGCCGAGGAUGUCUUCGAAAUGCUGGAGAGCUUCAACCAGAGCGGAGGAAUGCUCGAGGCUUCUGCUUUCAGAGAUAAACUAAGUUAA